AUGUGGUUAGCUUAUGUACAAGAAACUCCAACCUACAGCUUGACAACAGCAGUUGAAAAUUUGGCACAACUUUUUAGAAAUUUGGAAUUUGACGCGGAGCAUGAAGCUAAUUGUGGAUUUGAAAGGUUCAAAACGAUCGAAGAAUGUAUGGAACUUGCAAGAAAAUAUAGCAAAGCGGAGGAGGCUUGUAAUACCUACUUACAUACUUUGGAUCUGACAACAUUCCUUACUACCAUAAAACACAUGGAUUUUGCUCAUUUUUUAGAUAAAGUGAAAAGAAAAUCAGUGAGAGAAAAAUAUCAUAAUUUGAAACUAGCAAGCACGACAACACAAUCACAAUUGGAACAAACCUAUAAACCAAUAACAGAACCACUAAAACAACUAAUUUCUACUAUAGGUGAACCGAUAGUACUGAAAGAAGAACCCUUUAGUUUAAAAGAAGAAUUUGUAACACCAAAAAAAAAAUACGAAACUUCAACACCAAGCAAACAGAGAAUAGUUCGAAAAACAGGAAAAACUCCCAUUUUACCAUCAGAGAUACCAUCAUUUUUUGAUACUAGUGUUGCUUCUGUUAGUCAAUUUCCUUCUAUACAGGAAACAACUGUUUUAGCUGAAACUAGUCCUUUUCCAAAAGGUAGUACUAGUGAAAGUUUAAAUUUGUCCGAUAUAUUGGAACAAACUAAGCAAUCAAUUAAAAAUUAUAUAGACUCCCCAUCUUACCAAGUGUAUUUGUCAGAUUUUCAUAAAUUACCUAGGUCCUAUAUUGAUGGAAGCGUAAGGGAUACAGAACAUAAAUUCGAUCAUAAUUAUGGAGUAGUUCAUGAUAUUGAUGGUGAAAAAUUUUUUCUGGGUCUAACACAAAAACCCGUGAAAAUAGUUGGUAAAAAUAUUGUAGUAGAGGGUAGAACUUAUGAGGGUACUGUGGGUUUAUACGAAUUACUUUUUAAAAAGGAACCUGUUGGCUUCAAACCCAAAGAUUUGGAUAAUUAUAUGGACAUUUUGAAAAUAACAAAUGCAUACCGUAGAAAUAAUGACCCCAAUGAACAAGUUCAAGGAACCGCAUCUACGAAAUAUAUUACAAUUAUAGGUCCAUAUCUUCAAAAGAAAGGAAUUACAAAAUCUAAAACAAUAAAUCCCGUUAGACCAACUACUUUCGAAAAACCUAUUGCCCCAUAUCGAAUAAUUGAUAAAUUCGGUCGUCAUAUUUCGAAACGUAAUUCAAUGAAUAAAACGUCACUAGAAAAUGUCGAUUUUUCUACCGUUGAAAAUACAAUUUUAAACAACUUGAAAAAAGACCUAACUUAUUUUGGAAAAAAAAUAAAUGAAGAUUUUGAGAAUAGAUUAAAACAGGAUGUGAUUAAUGUUAAUAAAAGGUUGAAUGAAAAUGAUGUAAAAAUCGAAAAUACUGCAAAAAAAAUUAAGCUUUUUGAAAAUGAUUUAAAAAAAGACAUUAUUGAUUGUAGUGCAUCAACAAAAAAAAAUUAUGAAAAGCUAACAAAAUUUGAAGGUGAUAUUGAAACAAUAACAAAAUAUCAUAAUGAUGUUAUUGAUUUGAAAAAUUAUUUUGAAACCGAAAUAACGAAAUUAAAAACAUACAUGAAUGAAACAUCAAAAAUCGAUAGUGUUCAAAAAAGCAUAGAAGAUAAUCUCAAAUUAAAAUUUGAAAAUUUUUCAACCAAAGUUUAUGAUAGAGUUACGAAAGAAGUAAAGUACUUCAAAAAUAAUCAUGAUAAUAUUGAUAAAAAUAUAAAGCGCUUGGACAGAACUUCAAAUUUAAAUGCACUACUACGAAAAAAAAAUACUGACGAUAUCGCAUUUAUAAAGGAGCAAUUAAACACAAUUUUGACACAAAUUCCAAAGCUAACAUCGAUACAAAGUUCAAGUGAAGAAGAAGUACGUAAUCUUAAAAUUAAAAUAAAUGACAUUGAAAUGAAUACUAAAGAAAUUACUGAGUUCAAAAAUCAAUUAAAUAAUAUUUCAUUGGACAUUUCGAGAUUGUCAUCUGUACAAAAUUCAAAGAUGGAAGAACAACUGAAACUCACAACCGAAAUUACUGAAAUAAAAUCGAUUAUCAAAGUGAUUACCGACCUAGAAAAUCAAUUCAAGAUUAUUUCAAUGAAAGUUAUAGAUUUGGGAAAAAAAAUUGAUGAAAUAAAAAAUCUAAAGGUUGAUGAAGACGUAGAGUUCAAAAUUGAUCAAAAAGUUGAACAAAUCAGAAAAUAUGGAACCAAGGAUAUUGAAUUAUUAAAAGAAAAAUUAAAUACAAUUUUAUCACAAGUUUCAGAAUUGUCUUUUACGCAAAUUUCAGGCAAAAAAGAAAUAGAACAGCUUAAAAUUGAUAUUGAUGACAUUAAAAUCAACACUAAAGGAAUUACUGAUUUCAAAAAUCAAUUUAAUAAUAUUUCAACAGAAAUUUCCAAGUUUUCCUUAAUGCAAAAUUCAAACAAAGAAGAAAUACUAAAACUUGAAACUCAAUUGACAAAGAUACAACUGGUUACUAAAGUUGUUACCGACCUAGAAAAUCAAUUCAAGAAUAUUUCGAAGGAAAUUUUAAAUUUAGGUAAAAGAAUUGAUGAAAUAAAAAAUCUAAAAAUUGAUGUAGAUUCCAAAAUUGAUCAGAAAGUUGAAAAAAUUGAAAAAGAUAUUCAGUUAGUAAGAGAAUAUGUUGAAAAUGAGGACAAAAAAUUGAAUGUGGGUAUUAAUAAAAUAAAUGAAACUAUGGGAACCAAAAUUAAAGAAAUAAUUAUUGAAAAUCUCAAAGCAGAAAUUGCACAAGUGAAAGAUAAAAUUGAAAAUAUAAGUACAGCUCAACUAGACAAAGUAAAUAAUCUUCUCAAUGGACAAAACCUGGAGGAAGUAUCGUUGACAAAAAGACGGUUGAUAUUUUCUAUUCAAUCUACAAUUCCAACUAUAAUUAAGAAAUUAAAUGAAGAAUUGAAGAAAAUAGAAGAAGAAGGAUUAGGUGAUGUCGAGAAUAGAACAAUUAAAUAUCUAAGAAUCCACAUUAAAGAUUGUCUUGAUAAUAUAAAUGGAGAAAUUGACAAAAUAUUUGAAUAUUUAAAGGAAACAGAUGAAAAAAUCAUGAUUAAUAAAUUGGAAAAAUGGGUGGAAUCUUACAAAAGCUAUUAUGAUAACUAUUAUUUAAAAAAAUUUAAUAAAUGA